UCCGGAAGCGUCCGAAGGCGCAGCGCAAGCGGCGCCACACCAAGAUGGCGGACGGGGAGGAGGUGACUCUGGACGGGCGGCCGCUCCAUCUGCUGCGCGUCGCCGACCUCAAAGCGGCCCUGGAGCAGCGAGGGCUCGCCAAGAGCGGCCAGAAGAGCGCCCUGAUCAAGCGGCUGCGAGGGGCGCUGAUGUUGGAGAACCUCCAGAAGCACUCGAGCCCCCACCCCACCUUCCAGCCCAACUCCCAGAUGGGCGAGGCCAUGGGGCAGAACAGCUUCAUCAAGCAGUACCUGGAGAAGCAGCAGGAGCUGCUGCAGCAGCCGCGCCGGGAGACCCCAAAACCCAAAUCACCCGCCUCGGAGGGGGCAGAGGAGGACGAGGAGGAGGAGGAGGCCGGAGCGGGGAGGAAGGAGCGGCGCAGGAUGGUCAGCGAAUUGGGGCAAAUCCGCGCCGCUUUGGACCCGCUCGGCCCCGCCCCCCGGCCCCGCCCCCGAGUCAAGCCCCGCCCCCGGCGCCGUCGCCCCGCCCCCUCCUCGGGCCCGGCGGGGGAGGAGGAGGAAGAGGAGGAGGAAGAGGAAGACGAGGAGGAAGAGGAGGAAGAGGAAGAGGAGGAAACCCCAAAAUCCGCGGAAACGGCCCCGAAAGAACCGGAAACGGGGGCGGAGCCAAACCGGGAGGCGGAGCCUGCAGCCAACCAGGAAGUGGCGGCGCCGAAACAGGAAGGGGCGGGGCCUGAACCGGAAGCGGAGGAGAAACAGGAAGUGGCGGAGAAAGAGGAAGUGGCGGAGAAACAGGAAGUGGAGGAGAAACAGGAAGUGGAGGCCAAACAGGAAGUGGAGGCCAAACAGGAAGUGGAGGCCAAACAGGAAGUGGAGGAGAAACAGGAAGUGGAGGAUUCCCCUCCCCCCAGCGGGGGAAGCCCCUCCCCUCCUCCCCUCCAAGGGGCGGGGCCUGACAAAGAGGCGGGGCUUCCGGAAGAGGGGGAGGGGCUGAAAGAGGAGGAGGAGGAGGAGGAAGAGCCCCUCCCCCCCUUGCUGAGCGCCGAGGCCCUGCCCCCGCCCCGCCCCUCCCCCCCUCCCUCCUCCUCCUCCUCCUCUUCGGCCUCGUCCGCUCCCCCCCGCGAAGUAAAGGCGCUCUGCUGUUGCCUGGCCACGCCCUUCCCGCGCGCUGAUUGGCGGGUUUUUCACCGCCACGCCCCCCGCGGCGUCGCUUAUUGGCCACGCCUGGCGGCCCCGCCUGCUUGCGACGCGGGGCAUGUUGGGAUCGCGGCAAGAUGGCGGCCCCGCCCGGCUGCGGCCGCCCCGCACAAUAGCGGCGGGGGGAGGGGGCGCGGGCUCGGAGCCGGCGCCGCCCAUGGAGCCGGGAGCCGGCCCCAGCCCCGCCCCCCCCGAGGCCACGCCCAGGGGAUUCAAGAGGAAGAUUGCGGUGCUGUCAGCCAGGGGCAGCCUGGAGCGGACGGGGGCGGGGCCGGCGCGGGGGGGCCCCGGAAGCGGCGCUGGGGGGCGACGGCGCCCAAGAAACCCUCGAUCAGCAUCAGCACCGACUCCCUCAAGAGCCUGAUCCCCGAGAUCCGCGCCGGGGGAGGGGCCGAGCCGCCCCUCCCCCACCCCCCCUCGCUGCUGCUCCCCUUCCCCCACCUGAAGAUCUGCAGGACUGUCACUCAGGUGGUUCCGGCCUCUCUGGGGGAGAACGGGCGGGGGGAGGGGCAGGAGGAGGAGGAGGGGGAGGAGAGCGACGAGGGGCGGGGCCAGGACAAGCCCCUCCCCCACCCGGGACAAGCCCCGCCCACGAGUACAGCAUCGGCAGGAGGCGGGGCCUGCGCUGGCCCCGCCCCUCCUUCCGCAGCGGCCACGCCCACCCCGGGAGAGGGGGAGGGGAAAGGAGGCGAGGCCCCGCCCCCGCGGCGGUCCCAGGGCGCCCCCUGGCGGCCGGGGGGGCUCCUGCUGCCCGUGGACGAACCGGUGCGGGCGGCGCCCGCCCCCCCCCGGCAGCGCCCCUUCCCCAUCGUGCACCUCUGCAACCUGGUGCGUCCCUUCACACUGGGGCAGCUGAAGGAGCUGCUGGGCCGCACCGGGCGCCUCAAGGACGACGGCUUCUGGAUCGACCGCAUCAAAUCGCAUUGCUUCGUCACGUACUGCUCGGUGGAGGAGGCGGUGGCCACGCGGGAGGCGCUGCACGGCGUCAAGUGGCCGCAGUCCAACCCCAAGGUGCUGGCGGCCGAUUUCGCGCAGCAGGAGGAGCUGGAUUUCCACCGCGGCCUCUUGGCCCCGCCCCCUUCCUCCAGCCCCGCCCCCCUCCAGCCCCGCCCCUCCCCUCCUUUCCCCCCUUCCCUAAACCCCGCCCAGGGGGGCGUGUCCCCGCCCGGCCACGCCCCCCGGGGGGCGGAGCCUUGGCAGUGGGCGGAGCGCGAGCCGGAGCGCUCCCGGCGGGAACGGGCCCGGGAACAGCGCAAGUGGGACCGGGGCAAAAGCCCCGCCCCCAGCCCCGGGACACGCCCACAAGGGGGCGGAGCCACGCCGGGACACGGCCCCCGAGAGGGGAGGAGCGGCAGGACACGCCCACAAGGGGGCGGGGAUAAGGAGAAGGGGCGGGGUCAGAGAGAGGCGCGGCCGGAGAGGAAAGAGAAGCCCCCGGAGGAGCCGCCGGCCAAACUGCUGGACGAUUUGUUCCGGAAAACCAAAGCGGCGCCGUGCAUCUAUUGGCUGCCGCUGACCGACUCCCAGCUGCUGCAGAAGCAGGCGGAGCGGGCGGCGCGGGCGCGUGAACGCGAGCGGCGCCGGAAGGAACAGGAAGAGGAGGAGCUUCGGCAGCGCCAAGGGGGCGGGGCCAGCGCCGCGGGAGGGGGCGGGGCGAGCGCGGGAGGGGGCGGGGCUUCCUCGGGCACAGGCCCCGCCCACUCGCGGCCGUCAGGAGUGGGCGGGGCCGGGGCGAGGGCGCCGCCCAGUGGAGGAUCCCGGAAGCGCCGCAGCCGCAGCCGCAGCCCCAGGCGGCGCUGAGGCCCCAAAAUCGCCCAAAAAUCGCCCGAAACGGCCCCAAAAUCGCUCAAAACGGCCCCAAAAUCGCGCCCGGAACAGGAGAGGGGACGGAGG